UUCAAGAAACUUUACCUAAUAGGCUUUAAAUAUCUCCAGAACGUCAACAUCACCCUUAGAAUCCUGUUUAGGCCAAUGUCAUAGCAAUUGCCAAAAAUCUAUACGACCCUCGAUGAUUAUAUUGAAAGAGUUAUAACUUCAGUUUCAACAGAAAUUUUAAAUGUUGUGGCUCAGUUUGAUGCUGGUGAACUUAUUGCACAAAGAGUCUCGCAGAAACGAUGAAUUGACAGAAAGAGCAGCUCAUUUUGAUGUUAUGUUAGAUGACAUAGCAUGUACACAUAUAACCUUUGGAAAAACAUUCACAGAUGCUGUGGAGCUGAAACAGGUGGACCAGCAAGAAGCAGAAAGAGGUCCUUGUAGAAAGGACAACAAACUCAAGUUCGAGGAUUCCCCAGGCAGCUCUUCUGACAUGUCUUUCGAGGAUGCUGGUGAAGACUUGAUCGAGCUUAGAAAAAUUGAUAUAUCAGCUAUUGAGGCCAAGACAAAUCACAUAUCUACCCGUCUAUUUCUAAAUCUUCCAACCCAGUAAUCUAACGUUGUGGUGAGAGGGCUGAAUUCAAAAGCCACCUAAACUAAUUUUACAGUAAUUUUCUCA